GUUCUCUGACUGAGUUGACAUAUGAAACUUAGUCUCAGCGGUCUGACCCGUCAGACAGCUUUCAAGAUGUGGGCACUAAGUGGAAAAUAACUACUUAACGAUGAAUUCUCAUUUUCUACUCGACAGCAAGAUCUGGAUCAGAAUGAGGCCACCAGAAACCAGUGUUACCGCAUAGCACUGAUGGACAAACCCCUCCUAUCUGAUUCCUGUCAGAUAACCCGUGUACAUUUAAUCAAACACGCUGCAUUUCACCUCACUUCUGCCGUCAUGAGGGCUAAGCUGGAGAUCUUGGCUCUGGUUCUGGGCACCAUCGGUCUGGUUGGGACCAUCGCGGUGACCGCCAUGCCCAUGUGGAAGGUGACGGCCUACAUCGGGUCCAACCUCAUCGUGAUGGAGACGCUGUGGGAGGGGUUAUGGAUGGCCUGCAUACGGCAGGCGGACAUCAACAUGCAGUGCAAAGUCUACGACUCUCUGCUCAUCCUGCCGGCGGACAUCCAGGCGGCCCGCGGGCUCAUGUGCGCCUCCAUCACUCUCGCCGUCCUGGCCGUCUUGGUGUCCGUCUGCGGGAUGAGGGGCACAGACUGCUGCCAUGAUGACACCAGGGGCAAGAACGUGAUCCUGCUGGUGGGCGGGUGUCUGUUCGUGGUCGCUAGCCUCGCCACUCUUCUUCCCGUCAGCUGGUCCACUCACUCCAUCAUCAGAGACUUCUACAACCCGAUGGUGGUGGAGGCGCAGAAGCGGGAGAUUGGACAGGCGCUGUAUCUGGGCUUCGCUACGUUCAUGCUCCUCCUGAUCGCGGGGGUGAUACUGCUGUGCCGUUACAGCCCCCGUCACAGGAAGGACGAGGAGCAGAAGAAGCCGUACAUCGCAGUGGAAAAGGACAAGCUGGGAAUGAGCAUGCUGGGACGGACACCUUCUUCUGACUCGUACCGGAAGAGUCAGUACGUCUGACAGACAGAACUGACUCACUUCACUUCAGUUUGUUUAUUUGCUUUUAUUUCUUUGCAAAUUUUGAACUGCAUUUAUGUUUCUUGGCUGACUUGGCCAUAUGAAUCAGUGUACUGAAUCCUGGUUUAUUACAUUAAAUGUUCCUCAUUAACUAACUAAACACAUUAGUGUCUGUUGAUAUGAUUGUAUAUUAUAUUUUCAAAAUUUUGUGUUCUUGAAAUUUACUUGUGCAUCCUCAAACAUAUGAUUUACUUGCUGUUUUUAGAUAUUUUUUAUUUAGUUUAUAUUCAAGUAGUAAAUGAAGAAUGAGACUAAACAAGCUGUCUGUCAUUGUAAUCUUUAAAAUAUGUGCAUUAUUUGCAAAAAUAGUACAUUUAGUUUGUAAUUUUUAAAAUCAAAUAUUAUUUAUUUACUUAUAAUGAAAUAUAUUAUUAUUAUAUAUUAUAGUAAUUGAUUUAUUGUGUGUGUGUGUGUGUGUGUGUCUAUAUGUAUAUAUACAUGAUAAAGUAUUUUUAUUACUUAUAUUUAUAAAUAAAUAUUGAACUGUUAUAUAUUAUGGGAAUUGAUUUAGUUCUGUGUUUGUAGGAAAGUGAUGACAUUAACUUGUGCAUCUGCAAACAUGAUUUACCCAGCUAUUUUUAUACAUGUCUGAAUUAUGAAAUUGUGAAUGAGAGUAAAAAAGCUGUCAGGGUAAUCUAUAAAAAUGCAUUAUUUGUGCAAAAAAAGUUAUAAAUUAUAAAAAAAAGUAUUUUUCCCCCCCUUUUAUAAUCAAAUAGUCUAUUAUGUAUACUUAUAAUACAUAUUGCACUGUUACAUUUUAUAGUAAUUGUAAUAUUGCAAUUGUAAUAUUAAACAUUACAGUUAAAAGGA